UCACGCCUCGUCCAGUGUUGAUACCGUCGCUUGUCGUUGGACCGCCAUACCCUCGCUCGGAAACCGAUUGUCUUCCGCGCAAUCGCCCUCGUCGCGGCCGUCGCGGCGCAUUCCCGGGGGGACAAUGGCUACGUUACCGGCUGAGCAGUCCUCAACAAACACGCCCGCGCCGAGUGUCCCGCAAUCAGGAGGUUCGCGGCCCAGCAGCGGCCAUGAUGCUCUGUCGACCAGCCCCGUCGAGAUGAGGACAUUACCAGCAGCCACCGCAAAUCCGACCCCAGCCAGCACCUCGGGUCCCGUAUCGAACGUCACAAGACCGCAGGAAGCAAUAGGGGGGACGGAGGACGCAGCCCUUGAGAGGGCCACACCACCAAUUGCAGAAUACGCCGCCGCCCCGGCAUCGCCCACGAAACCCUCGUCUCCGCCGAACCUGAACCGCACUGAAACCGAGGCCAUCGGUCCCUCAACAGAUACCCCUGCCGUAAAACCAGACAACUCGAACGGACCGGUCGUUAUCAUUACAUUGUUACUCAUCACCGGAGCGCGUCACCCGUACAAGAUUGACGAGAAGUACCUGAAGAAGCGUAAUGUGAACGUCGAAAACAUGGAUCCCUACAACAUCAGCAUAUAUACGUUGAAGGAAUUGAUAUGGAGAGACUGGAGAGAAGAAUGGGAGCCGCGGCCCACAUCCCCUAGCUCGAUACGACUGAUUCACUUCGGACGGAUGCUGGACGACAAAUCUCCGUUGAAAGGUAAGCAAUUAAUUUCGUGAUCUUGGGUGCACUACCUGUUUCCCCCACACAAUUCACGUCCAUCAUGCGUACAUCAACUCCAGGAAGCUAUACGAUACUUCGUCAGGCCCCGCCACAUGCUUUCCUAUGUCCAGCCCUAACUUCUUCUCGAAUGCUUGGCGUGGCUUGUCCAUU